AUGCUCUCGAGAUCUUUGGCUGCUCUCGUCUUCACGGCCGCCGCCGCCAGCGCCACGGUGCACCUCUGCGGUGACAGUACGAUGGCCCGCGGAAACGGUAUAAUCGACGGAUGGGGCCAGUAUCUGCAAUAUUCGCUAAAUGAGCCCGUAGUCAACCACGCCGUCGGUGGGCGUAGCGCUCGAUCGUUUACGCGAGAGGGCAGGUUCGACGAGGUGCUUGCGCAGGUUGAGAGUGGGGAUUUCGUAGUAAUCGAGUUCGGCCAUUCAGGGUCCUUCGCCUGGGCGCCAUCCCGCUUUUUCUAUUACACGUGGCUCGCGGCUUCUCGGCUUGGGGGACCAGCCAAGGGAGUUCAUUUCGUACCACAUGGUCAGUACACGGCGCAGGCGAUGAAGAAUGCGGGUGCUGCUGUUGUCAACGCCGGGUUCCCGCAAGAUCAUACCCACACGAGCCCGUCCAUGGCGGACUUUGUCUCUCAAGCCUUCGUCUUGGGAUUAGCCUGCGGAACAAGUGACCUCAAGGCUGCACUAAAGAAUUCGACGGCCGAUUUAACCUCGGGCCCUCUCGGCCAGUGCGUCAGCGACUACAACUCCACUGUUACUGGACUGUUGAGGUAG